GGUGGGUGAGUGCAUGUUCGUUCUGUCGGUUGGUCAGUUUUUGCUGUGUGAUAGGCUAUUUAUCUCGAGCAACAACAGCAGCAGCAGCAGCAAAGUACAAGAAAGGCAGUCUCUCCCUGAAACCGACUUAGUUACCAAGCAUCACCAUAUCUCGCCUUUUUCUUGGCCUAUUUUUUCUUCUUCUUCUUCGUGCGUUCUCGUUGUCGGUAUUUUUCCUGUUGCAAACACUAAUGUCAUGCAACAAAAAUCCUAUAAGGCAACAGGUCGGACUGGAACGUCAAGUGUUCGGUACAUUACCAUUAAGCAGUCGAUUCCCCAGACACCGUGACAAUCAACAACUGUCCUUACAUGAAACACAUUGAUACUCACACUUAUUACAAGGACCAAUUUCCUAUUAUUGUUGUGAACCUCUAAACAUCAAGUGUCGCACAUAAACCUCGCCAAUCCCAUCGGGCUUAUUGAGGAUUAGAAGCGCAGGCACUGAAUAAGCGAAUUGUUAGUUAAUUUAAAACAAGCGUUUCGCUGAAUAUCCGUUUCAUCUGAACGGGGAAUCGUAUCGUACUUCUGCCGAAUAUUGAAUAAUCGAAAAGUAUGAAGGCUACAAAUGAAGUGGAGUCAUGAAAAGAAGUAAAAGAUGCCUAAAUGUAUCGACCGUACGUAAAAAUUCGUGAAUCUCUUUUGAGAAAUUAGCCUAAACGGGGUUAGCAAGCUGCCUUGUCAGAACCCGAUUACGCGCUUUCUCGGCUAUGACCUCGUGUAUGCAGUUCCCGAAAAAGAUCGCUGAAUAAUCUUUACUGUGUGCUUGUGUGCUUGCGGGCUCGUGUUUUUGCCAACAUCGAACAUUCAUAAUCUGUACGAUGUGUUAGUGUAUCUCGAGACAAUAAUUCAACGGCGUGCAUUUCUCCCUUCACCGUCUGUCGUUCCUCAUUGUUUUCAUCUUGCACAAUCCUAUGACGUUGGAUAAGCAUCUAGCAACGUACUCAUUGCGUGUGCAAGACUCUGCCGGGCGUUUCCUAACGUUCGGCACGAUAUGCGGCAAACAAUUACGGUCGACGAAAAGAAACCGGAUCGCGCCGCCGAUUUACGGCUAACCGCCGCUGUACGAGCGAGCUCGAGUAGUCGUUCUAUGAAGUGUGUAUUACCCCCCUUGACGGGCCUGCUGGCCUGCGGGCUCUUAGGGGGCCUAAUCAAUUCAACCGAAUCGGCGCAAGCUGCACGCUUCGCGGCGUCACCAGAUGCCGCCAGAGAACGAUCAGCAACUACCAGACUGGGUGACGAUCUCUCUCUACCUAACGUACGCAGCGACGCACGGUACCCAAGUUCUUCGGCGCAGCAAUCGUUCGGGGGUUCGCAGGCGUCGAUUGUCGAUACGUUCGAAAACUGCGCGGCUCUGUUUCAAUUCGCCCUCGACAACCUCAGUCCGGAGGAGCGGCAGACCGCUCUAGCCAACUGGUGCUCGAAAGCUUUGUCCAAGAACAUUGAAGACGUUAACGAUGAUUCGAUGCUCAUCGGAAACAGUGAAAUGUUGCUUGGUAAACGCGCCGUAAAAAUACAAAAGUUCAUGCACUUCGGACGAAAGAGAGGAGAACUAGAUGCCUUUAGCACCGGAUCAGCUCCAUCUGCCGUCGAUAUGGAUAAGCACGCCGGACAGAACCGGAUGCUACAUUUCGGUAAGCGAUACAACACUUUCGCUGAUUAUCAGGACGCCCCUGAUAGGAACGAAGCCCUUCGGCAACUCGACGAACCCGCCAAGCGGGCAGGACAAAAUCGAAUGCUACAUUUUGGAAAGCGCUCCCCGAACCGUUUCAUGCAUUUUGGUAAGCGAAAUCCUGACAGUCAGUUCCUACAUUUCGGCAAGAAGAUAUUCGACCAGAGUGAUUUCGAAUCGUACCCUAACAAACAUGUCAACAGAUUCAUGCAUUUCGGCAAACGCGAUGACGAGCAAGCGGAUGCAGCCACAAAUCUGGAACAUGCUUUGGAUGAUGACUUCGUUAAGAAAUUAGACAACAAUCGUUUUAUGCACUUUGGAAAGAAGCGCGCUGAGAGCCAGAAAUAUAUGCAUUUCGGCAAGCGGUCCUCAAACGAACUCGGUCUCGACAGUGACUCCACUGCUUCGUCGUAUAUGGAUCGUCUCCUAAAGCGGAAUUCCGGAAAGAACCGAUACGUUCACUUCGGCAAAAAGUCUACCAAUCGCUUUAUGCACUUUGGAAAAAGGGCGGAGUUGGGUCAGGAACUUGGAAGUGGGACAUUUCCAGUAGACGUCGAGGAUAACAGUUUCUUGGUAGAUCAACAGGAUCAGCUUCACGAAAGAAGGCGAAGAUCAAUUUUGAGUGAUGCGGACGGUGCUGGGUUUCGAGUGGAGUUUGGGCUUGACACAAAAGAGAUUCGACCCGCUUCACAGAAGCGAUUUACCAUUACAUACCCUUCUCCGAUCUUCCAACAGGCUCUUUUGCGACACAGGUUGGAUCUUCUAGAUAAGGUGGAUGUUGAGGAUUCGGAUGGAGGACUUAACGGCGUUUCAGGACCCCUUGGACAAAGUGGCAGCGGACCACUGAAUCAGAGACAACCGAAUACGGCAACUUUUAUUGGGUCAGAGGACCUUCUGGACCGGAUGGGCCGCUCCGAGCAGUUCCAGAUCCCGCAGCCCAGGGUUCAGUCCAGGUGGACUCGACCCGACCGUAACGUAUUUCUGCAUUUUGGUUAGACUGCAAUUCAACGCUAAUCGAACGUCAGCACUGAAGUCCAUAACAAGCUAGUACCUAACGGCAAUACAUUCGCAUCAAGCGCAGAUCAAUAAAUUCAUCACCUCACGGAAAAAAUUGAUAAUUUUCGAAAAGCUUGUUCGAACAGACGGCACUGACGCAUUCGAAACAGGGCCGGCUAUUUACGACCCCGUCGAAGACAUAAUCAAUGGAAAAAAACAUUACCUUGACACAAACCAGCAGAGCUUUCAAAUCACUAACACAAAAUUCGAACUAAUGUAAAGCAGCACGUGACAUCUGCUAUCUAUCGAUCGACCCUGUACAUUAAAGCAAAACACCAAUCAAAUCAAUUGACAUGGGCAUGAAAGAAGUAUUUGAACAUGACAAAACCAAAAGCGAGGAAUAAACGAGAAGCAGCAAAAACAGACGAGACUCAUGUAACGUGAAAAUGAUCGAUCUGUCAUAGGUCACUCGAUGAAGAUUCUGACGCUUUACAAAGAAAGCCUUCCUGUGCCACUUGAUGUCUAAUUCAUGUCAAGAGGAGAGUGACAUGCGUAAGUGUAAAAUAUGGUUUUAUAUACUUUUACCGUUACCGAAACCUUUUCCGGUAUCAUCAACAAUGAACGUACUUUAAUUAACCACCACGUAUUCUGACUGUAAUAAUAAAGACAGAUAGCUGUUGAAUCUUCGGUUUGGAUCCAGAUGUUCGUGGCUGAAGUCAAUCUCUUUAGAAACAAAGGUACCAGUAUCAAGGCUAUCCGAAAAUAAAAACAGAUCCAACAAACAAAUCGGUAGUAAUAUAUAUAUAUAUAUAUAUAUAUAUAUAUAUAUAUAUACGAAACUUUUAUACGUCCUGCGUUUGAAAAUCAUGGGUGAAGGACUGGUCCGAGUUUGAGCAAUAUUGAAAGGCAACAUAUUUCGAAGCGACACUGUCAUUGGUAUUAUGUGAAAAUAAAAGAAUCAAAUAUCAGGUAAAAUAUUAACGAAGCAAAAAUCUGACGGAUAAAAUAAUAAUAAUCAUGCCCAAUAUACCAGUUUCUCUCGCUCUCUCUCUCUCUCUCUCUCUCUGCAAAGCAGCCUCUUGCGAAGAUCGAAUAGUGUAGAAUAACGAGGAAGAAUAACGGAAAGGCUGUGCAUUUACAAAUAAAUUGCGGCUCAGAAGCAAAGAAGUUAUCGAGUGAUUGGCGACGAACAGAGGGGGAAGCGUCAAGGCUAAACGACAUAUAGUGACUGGGUCGAAAAAUGGGUGAAAAAAAUACAAGAGAAAAUAGUCGGUAACAUCGAAAAAGCGUGACCGAGAAUCAAGCAUAUUUACUAAAUGUUAUAUAUAAUAUAUGUCAUCCAAAUCGUUCUUGGAAUCGAUUUGCAUUAUUGGAUUUUAAUAAUACUAUUUAUUUCUAUAUUCGUUGCUCCUUAACUCGUCCGCAACUAUGGCUAUCAUAUAAUGGCGGCAGUUGUGACCACUCAAAAUAAGACCUGCUUAGCAAUGGAUAGUGUCGAAAUAAACUGCCUUAUAACAAAAUCAGUAAUAAGAUUCCCAUCACAAUUUGAAAAUAACGAUUGACACGACAAUCCUGGAUCCUGAAACACGACAGUCCACUUGCAUGACACCGAGACUGGUGUGAACUCACUAAAUGACAAUCUCAGGAAGACGUUAUUUAACUCAUACAAGAGAUAUACAAGUAAGAACUCACUAUGUACUAUGAUGUCUCGUAAGAAACAGCAACGAGAUACAUUGACUUUUAAUUGUAUGACAACUGUUGAAUUGUGUUGUAUAUAGGAGAAAUAUAUUUCAGGAAGGAAGUUUUGAGUAUGUCUUUGUCACGCUGACUCGUACCGUUAUUAUUUUGACAAUAAUCAUUUUGUACUAUUCAUUAGUGAAGAUUCCGAAUUUAAAAGCGAGCAAUAUCAUUGUUCAAGCUUUAUAUCUAUGACAAAAAGAACUGGAUAUUUGAAAAACGUUUCCAUCAGAGAGACUGAUUCGAGAAUUCUCUGUUGAUAUAUUUUAGUUCCAUAUAGUCGAACCGUCCCCGCAAGUUAGCGCCUAAAAUUAGAUAAACAUUAAUCUCACCCCAUCGAUAAUGAUCUAUAUGAUCCGAUAUCAUUGCAAAAAAAAGUGUUUGUGACCAGAUCGUCGCAAUGUGACUAUGUACUACCUAUUGGUGACAACGAUAAUAGAAAAUCCUAACGCCAUUGAAUAUGACCUAGAAAAACACGUAGCCAAAAAAAGUACUCAGAGAAAAAUGACACUCGACAUUUUUUGGUCAGUUAAAAUCAAUUAAGAGAAAUAAAGAUAAAGGUCAUAUAGAUCGUUGAUUCUAUGACAGAAAAUUGAACAUACGAAUCAUAACUAUGGCAUAGAGCAGAACACGCAAAAAUCCUAUAUAUAUAUAUAUAUAUAUCUACCACUAGUCAAAAAGCUUGGAUAAUAAUGAUAUCGUGGUAGAAAAUUACGAUGCUUACACAGGUAGUUGAUUCUCUCUACACAUCUUUAAGACUAAGUCCCAAAGUUAGUUGCAAUUAUUGACUUUCGGAAAUUUCGUGCGCGUCCGUAGAGCCGCUGGAAACGCGCGAAAUUUUGAAUAAUCAACGAAUCAAGAUUUCAAAUUUGUCCGAAUCGUUAGAGGAAAAGUUCUCUCAACAACACAUCAUAUAUAUAUAUAUAUAUGAUGUGUUGUAGACUUAAGGUAUUCUUAAACUAAGUUCAAUGAGUUGGAAGUAGUAAUUUAUUCGUAAUAUUAUAUCCAUUGCAUCAACUACUGUCGUAGUAUUCGUCGAAUGCAUUUGUGCCACUUACUAAACCACCUGUCCAGAAUGAUUCCAGCCUGAUGGAAGCAGGAAGACCAUCUUACGUGGUCAAUGGGAAUGCUUUGCGUGAAAACAAGAUUAUUUACUCCACAGUUACAACGCCGCCUGGACAAAUUAUCUUCAAAUGUAUCUUCACAAAGAUAUACGUGUAUAACUAUGAUCAAUUGUCAUGACCUAAUUUAUUAGACCUAAGCAAAGGCGGAUAGAUAUUUCGCAAAUAAUCGUAUAUUUCACGUCUAAAUGUAUUGCAAUUAGCAAAAGAGAAAAGAAACAUUAACGGUAUCAAUAUGGGACGAAGCUAUGCUCCACAUGUAGGAAAAUUUGAAACGACAAAAGCACACACCAAAAACAUACACGAACAUACAAUGCAUGACUAUACAAAAAAAUGAUUAUCGCACGCAAAUAGCAAAGAAAGUUGUUUUUUCCUUUAUAGCUAGAAACACAGUCAUACACACUGAAUAAUCACACACGAUAAAGAUAUAUACAUAGAUCAGUAACAUGCGCGAAACGAAGGAAAAA